CGCGGCCUGAGCGCGAAGCCGCUGCCAGUCCUUUAAACCUUUUAUUUUGACACUGAGUCUGACUCAGUGUCCCGGUUGGCCCUGUUUGCAUCACCUGCCUCGGCCGCCACGUAGCUGAGGUUACAGGCGUGUACCGCGGGGCUCCAUUAUAAUUUUGAUAAUGAAUAGCAGAUGAUUUAUGUUUGAUGCCUACUUUCGAAAUCAAAGGGAGCUUAUUAAAUAUUUUCGUCUCUUUUUUGUGAUACUGGGCACUGGGCCCAGGGUUUUUGCACUGAGCUGCGUCUUCAGCCUUUUAUUUAAUUUUUUGUUUUGAGACAGGGCCUCGCUAAAUCCUUAAGUUUCUCUGGUUGGGCUCUAACUUGCUGUUCUCCAGCCCCAGUCCCUCAGUGCACGGAUCGCAGAUCUGAAGAGAUUUGCUGGAUGUGAAAAAUAACUUUCUCAAACCACCUUGGUGUUGUGCUGUGUUUGUUGGGACGAUGUUUGGGAGAUUGAGUCUUCCGCAGCUGCUUUUUGCUGGCAUUGUGGGAAUUGCUGGAGGAAUAUAUAUUUAUCAACCAAUAUUUGAACAAUAUUCCAAAGAUCAAAAGACGUUAAAAAAGAAGGUGGAAUUAACAGAAGAAUCAAAAGAGAAGAGAAGUUAAUGCUACAUGGAGUUGAAUUGUAAUAACUGUAUAAAGUUCGAUUGGACUUAACAUUCACAAUAAGGAACCUAGUAAAAACUUAGAUAUGUAUUUUAAAUAUAAAUAAAUCAUAUAUAAUGAUUGUGGACGAUUUUUAAAA